AUGCUGAGGCUUAGUUCAAUGCCUACGUACAUAUUCACUCAGAAAUCUAGUCUACUUGGACGAACUCUUAAUUGCAUAUCCCGGCUUUUCUGUAUCUUUACUUUUCUUUUUGAGAAAAUAAGGCUCGAUUUGCAAACAAUACUCGACGCGGACUCCAUGUGCUUUACCAUCGAUAACGGCCAGUCGGUCAUUGUCCUACUGGCGGGGAAGGUCCGUAUCGCAGAUGUUGUUGCGGGGAUGAUGAUGAUCUAA